AGAGAUGUCAUUUGUAGUUUGAUUUGCUUAUUUGGAAUGUGAGCGGGAAUAAAACUUUUGAUGGGAAUUAUAGACAAGCUAAGAGAAAUGUUUGUUACACAAAACAAAUUUCCUCAAGUAAUUGUGAUAGACAGAGAUCUUGCGUUAAUGAAUGCAGUUGAUAUUGUAUUUUCACAUGCUGUUAAUUUGCUUUUUCAAUUUCAUAUCUCUAAAAAUAUUGGAGUAAAAUGUAAGCAAUAUGUCUUAAAGGAUAGACAAGAGUUAAUAUUAAAUAUGUGGAAAGAAAUUAUGUAUUGCAGUGAUAAAAAAUAAAAAAUAAAAGAGUAUAUCAUGUGUUUGCACAUGUUUGAGCAAUCAUAUGUCGAUAAUAAAAUGUUUGUUGACUAUGUGAAAGAAACUUGGUUGACUCCUUAUAAGGAAAGGUUUGUUGAAGCAUGGACAAAUUGAGUGAUGCAUUUGGAGAACACAACGACUAAUGAGGUUGGGUCAACUCAUUGGAAACUGAAGUUAAUGUUGGAACACAACAUAGGUGACAUGUAUAAAUGUUGGGAGGCUAUGAACAACAUGAUAAGGUUGCAACAUAAAAAAAUCAGUGGCUCGUUUCAGAAAAAUUUCUAUGAUGAAGAUCAUGAACAUAUAAAUUCAUUUUAUCAGAGAUUGAAUAUAUUUGUAUCAAGAGAAGCUCAAAGACGUAUUCCUCAAGAAUACGAGAAAGUUGAGUGGGUGGGUACUAACAAAUUUGUAUGUGGGUGCUCUCUCAUAAGGACAUACGAGCUACCUUGUGCUUGUGAAUUGGCACAAUAUAAAUUAAUGGGUGAACCAAUACCUCUAGAUUAUGUGGAUAUUCAAUGGACAAAAUUAAGCAUGGAAUGUGAAAUCACCCAAGACAUAGAAGAUGGGAUAGUUGGAUAUGUCUACUGAGAUGAAUGCCUUAUGGAAAUAUUUUCAAUCACUUGAUGUUAUAGGAAAACGAGUGUUGAAGAGUAAGGUGCGUGAACAUGUUUUUUCAACUACAAGUUCAAUGUGUCCAUCUCCUGAAAAAGUUAAAACCAAAGGACGAGUGAAGAAGAGUAAAGGUGAUAAGUCGGAUGAAUAUGAUGUAUAUCGAGACCCUUCUUACUUUGAGCAUGUUAAUGCAACAUAUUAUGAAGAUCUUGGUUCCCAACCAUCUUAGUCAUCAAAGAAGAGACAACCCUCUCAAUCAAAGAAACAACCAUCUCAAUCUUCAAAGUAUUUUUUCUGGAGACAAUUUCCUGAUGUUAUUCAACUAUACAUUUUUGACAUAUUUGAUGUGGUAGUGGAUGAAAAUUUUGGUUUUCGCGUUAUUGCAUUAUUGCUUGGAUACAGUGAGGAGUCUUGGUCUUUGGUCUGCAAUAGUUUGGACCACAAGAUUGCUUCUCAUAUAACUCGAUAUGAUAGGCAGCUCCUAGGACGCAUUAAAAAAGUAAAAGAUUCGUUGAAGAUAUUCGGCUUAGGUCUUCAACCCGUAGAUAAAUUGAUGUCCAUACCUGAUAUGGGUUAUGUGAUAGCGACAACAUAUAAUAUUAUUCUCGUCACGUUUGGUCAGAUAUUUUCAAUGACUUUCUUUCCUAUGAGUGGUUCACAUUCAGGAUCGACAAAAAAUGAUCAUAUGAUAUGUAUUGGUUUUGUUGAUGGAAAUCAUUGGAUUCGGUAAAAUUAUCUGAUUUUCUUUUGUAUUAAUUUUUUAAAAUAAUCAAAUGAAUUUUUAAAAUAAUCAAAUGAUUUUAUUUGGCAGUUAAAUAUGAAAGAUAGAUUUCCAAUGCCAGACAUUGCACCAGGUUAGAAGCAAUAUCGCACUGAUGAAGCAACUUCUUAGGCAAUAGCAUAUGUAGGGCGUCUACAACACUGAGGGUAUUUAUACAGGUUGUCUACAACACUGAGGGUAUUUAUACAGGUUGUCUACAACACAUAAGAUUGGCAAUAUCAUCCAAAGUAAUCGUCAUUUCACCAAAUGACAUGUGAAAUGACGAUGUCUCGGAAUGUCAUCUUUCCACAAACACAUAAAUCAAAUUGUUGUCGAUCAUCUUCAAACUACUCGUUGUAAUGGGGCUAAUCCUAAAAAAUUUACUCAAUUCUCUAUGGAUUGCGGGAGUACUAACAGAGUAAAUUGUUGCAUUUUCUUUUCAGACACAACAAUUUUCAGCAAUAG